GCUUUAUUUGGUCAUGAGCAAUGUGUCAAUGAUCUCCUGUCAAGCAGAACCACUUCAGUUGGUAAAUGCAUCUGGUUGACGCCUGGUUCCUAAAAAAGAAAGUGCAUCAUGAUCAGACGCAUUGUUUUAAGCCCUUCAUGAUUCCCCUUCAUAAGCACCCUCAGCUGCCUAAGAAAUUAGUUGGACAUAAAGAAGAGAUAAGGACACGGGUGUCUAUUCAUUCUCUGUAGCUUAAAAUAAAGAGAAGGUAAAACAUGAGUACUUUUGGGUAUCGAAAAGAACUUGAUAAAUAUGAGGAUAUUGAUGAAGAUGAACUGUUGGCUUCAUUGACGUCAGAGGAAUUGAAAGAACUGGAAAGGGAACUUGAGGAUAUUGAUCCAGACGGCAAUGUUCCUAUUGGACUAAGACAGAAAGAUCAAACUGAGAAAACUCCAACUGGAACCUUCAGCAGAGAAGCUUUGUUAAAAUAUUGGGAAAGCGAGACCAAGAAACUUUUAGAAAAUGAAAGAACAGCACCAGGAAAAAGCCAGGAGGAAGAGCAAGAGGAAGUCAUUGAUGAUAGUGAAGAUGAAUGUGUAACAGAAAACAACAGUGAUGCUUCAGAGGAAGAAGCAUAUACAGAAGAUGAGGAAGAAGAAGAAAAAGAAAAAGAGGAGAGUCCUGUUACUGAAGAAGAGGAUGAUGAAGAGGAGAGUCCUGUUACUGAAAACGAGGAUGAUGAAAACAAACAAGGGGAAGUCACUGACAGAAUGUUGCACAGCAAAAAAAGCAGCCAUGAACAAAACAGACAAAACCAAUGUAAUGGAAAACUUGGUGACGGUAAAAACUGUACACAAGAAACAAGUGAAGAUCCUAGUCUUAAAGUAACUGCCAGCAGGCCGUGUGGUAAUCCGACUGUACUUGAUGACACACUUGAAAAGAUAAUAAACAACGAUCUCAAUACACAUGAAAUAAAUCUUAAUAACAUUGAAAACAUAACCAAGGAGAUGCUCAUUCGCUUUGCAGAGGCCCUCAAGAGUAACACCAUUGUUAAGCUUUUUAGCUUGGCCAACACUCAUGCUGACGAUUAUGUUGCAUUUGCAAUUGCAAAAAUGCUUACAGAGAACAAAAGCAUUGCCAGUCUUAAUAUUGAAUCCAAUUUUGUUACAGGUAAGGGCAUCCUCGCCAUAAUGAGGGCUCUCACGAAUAAUACUGCAUUGACAGAGCUACGGUUCCACAACCAAAGACACAUUUGUGGAGGCCAGACUGAAAUGGAAAUAGCUAAGCUCUUAAAAGAUAACACCACUCUAUUGAAAUUGGGAUAUCACUUUGAUCUCCCAGGACCAAGAAUGAGCAUGACAACCAUUUUGACACGGAAUCAAGAUAGACAGAGGCAGAAACGUCUCCAGGAGCAGAAGCAACAAGAAGUGGAAAGGAGAAAAGGUUCUGAGGGACCAGUCGAUCCAAGGACCAGUGUGUUGCAAAAAGGAACACCAGGAUCUUCUCCUUAUACAUCUCCAAAGGGCUCACCAUGGUCAUCUCCAAAAGUAGCUAGAAAUUAUCAAAUAAAAAUAACUGUCCCAUGCCCUCCCCCUCCCCCCCCUCCUCCACCCCUCCCAGAGAAGAAGACACCAACCAGGAAAAUAGCAGAGGUUAUUAAACUUCAUGAGCAGUCCAAGGCAAAACAACAGGCUGGUCAGCAGAAAUCUAAAGUUAGGAAGAGCAAAAAAACAGAGAGAGAAAACAAUAUCCUGAAGGAAUUGAAGCAUGCUCUAAAACCAAUUUCCGAGAAGAAAGCAGAUGACAGAUCCAGACCAUCCACACCCCAGAGAUCUCUUCAUGAUAAUCUGAUGGCAGCAAUCUGCAACAGUAGUAUAAAACAGCUGAAACGGGUUGAAGUUCCAGAAUGUCUUCGGUAACUGUGGAAGAGAACCAAAUGAAAACAGAUGUCGGAUUUAAACUG